ACUAAACCAUUUGCAUGUGGCGAUCACCUUUUCCGCUCAGUCCACCUGUGGCAACUACUGGAAAUGGCUUCGCACCUCAGGUAGACUUACCGAUGGUAUAAGGAAAAAGUAUUAGAAGAUUUUCAUCUGCGAAACUUUUCAGUGCGAUGGGUCAGCGUGUACAAAUCCCAUCUAUGAAAAAAAAAAACAGCUGAUAGCUAAGGUCGAAUAACUUGUACUAUUUAAAAAAGAAAGUGCUUAACUAUAAGCUUACGUUGAAAACAAAACAGAGAGAAAAGAGCUUGCAAACAUUUUCGAGCAUUUAAAGUAUAAGCUUUUAAAUUUCACCUCGUGGAACUUAUCACCAACUUAAACUUUACAAGCUGGAGGAAUUGGGGUAGUUUAGACACUGUUGAGCUAUUUAUGCAUGUCAUUCGCCCCUGUUUUUACCAAGUGGAUACCAAAAAAUUACUUUGAAUUACAACUUUCUUUGUAGGCAAAUCAACAAUUUCCUUCAGGAUUUCAGCAACCUUUUCCUCAAACAACUUCCUCACAAUUUACAACUCCUAGACCAGGAGUUGGUCCAUCUUUUCAGCCUUUUCUUCCUCCUCAAGCAUCGCACAGACCAUUGCAGAGCUCCAUGAACAAUCCACAGGUUUUAUUGGGUACCAGUCAGGUUCCAGACAGAUCAAGUCUGACACAGCACCUUCCACCAAGGGGAUACCCAUCUCCUUUGCCUCAGUCAUUAUCAUUUAACAGCCCAAUGUGGCAAAUGAGGAAUCCACGUCCUUCAGUACCUUCAGCUAGAUUGGCACCACGACAUCCUUAUACUUCAUCUACUGAGCCUACCACUGGGACAGUCCCUUCCCUAUCCCAAGGACCAUUUGUUCCAUCCACUGUGCCUACCCCUGUGAGGUCUUCAACACCAUUGCCAAGACAGCUUGUACCAUUUCCUAGAGGGUUGGAUGUGCCACUGCAACGGCCAUUUUCAUCACCAACUAUGCCACUCCCUGUAAGGAUUGGACCACUACCUCAAAGACAUUCUACACCUUCUCCCGUGCCUAUCCCUGAAGUUACUACAACAACAACUCCAAGACCAUUCACCCCUUUGUAUGGGAGGGUAACUACUCCAUCCCAGAAGCCACUAACACCUUGUACUGCACCACCCCCUGUGAGGACCACUAUGCCACUUCAAUCACCACAUGUAAUAUCUACUCACCCUUCUCCCAUGAGGAUCGCUGCACCACCCCAUCAAACAUUUACACCAUCUCCUGUGCCAUCUGUUGCUCAGAGGGUGUCUGUACCACCCCAAAGACCAUUUCCACCCCCUGCUGUGCAGUCUCCUGUCUGUGUCACUACACUACCCCAGAGACCGUUAGUACCUUCUACUGUGUCAUCCCCAGAAAGGGCCAUAGCACCUCCCCAGCCAUCAUUUGUGUCAUCAACUCGGCCAUCUCCUCUGGGAGUAACUUCACCUCCUCAAAGACCUUUUGCUCCCUCUACUAUCCCUCCACCUGGAGGUUUCCCAACACCAUCUCCACAACAAUUUAUUGCUCCUGCUGUGCCUUCUCCAAGAAAGGUCCUGUCACCUCCACAGCAAUCAGUCCUUCCACAAAAAGUGUCACCACCUUCUCCCUUCAACAGCCCACCUAAUGAAAGAUUUCAGCCAGUGCCUCAACAGCCAUUUAUAACCCCUUGUACACCUCCUCCAAGGGGAGUAUUAACACCUCCCCAACAGCCAUUUGUGCAGUCCCCUGUACCUGCCAUAAGAGGAAUGACCAUCCCUGGACAGCAGCCUUCACCGGUCAUUAAUCAGUCAUGGCCAACACAAGCUUCUCAGCUAUCUUCUCCCAGUGUAUUUCAGGGACCUACUUCCGCUAUCCCAUCUUCUUUACCCUCCCAUAGUGGUGUUUCUUUCCCUAUGCAGCAGUUUUCUCCUCCCAGCAAUUCUCCAUUUCUCACAGCAAGUUCUGGGCCUUCUGCCUUAAGUCAGGGACCUUCUAUUGCAGCUGCAUUGGAUAGGCACAUCAUGGAGAAGCAGAUGAGGGGUAUCACAAAAGUGGGUGUGCCUAGGGAGGGUACAAAUAUGCAACCAUCCCUUGCACCUAAACAGUCUAGUUCCACUGGUCAGACAGCAGUCAAGAGAUCACCAAGUCCGAGUAAUACUCAAAAGAGAGCCAGUUUUCACAAAGAAGAUGUGAGAGGAAGAGAGCACAGGAGCAGAAGGUUGGUUAUGGUAAUUAUUAUUACCUUUAUAAAGAAAGGAAAAUGAUAAGCUACAAUGAAUGGAAGGCCCAAGAUGAGUUAUUCAAAUCACUGUUUUGCUUCCUAGAUAAGUUAAUUUUUAUGUCUUUUUAGUUGCUUUGAAAAUUUGGUGUUUGAUCUCCCCUAACAUCAAGUACAUGUAAAUACGUCCUGUCAAUUUUUGCUUAUUACUAUUGUUUUUUUUUUUUUUUAUUGAAAGGCAUUACAGCCUUGGGUCACAUGGCAGUAGACCUCGAGUUUCCCGCUGUUUUUCCCCUCCUCCUCCUGACAUAGAACGUGUGGUGAAGUGUGUGGUGGUAGAUGAAUAUUAUAUCAAGAAAAAGGAUGACCAGGUAAAAUAGUGUUUUCUAAGUGUACCUUUGUCUUAAAAAUUCUCAGUCACCAUGUCCUAUUCUUUUCACCAUGUCCCAUUUUUUUCCAUUUUGCUGAAUAGUAAGGAUCUGUUUCUUUUGGCUUUCUUAGUCAGUAUUAUCGUUUUGUUUUCAGGUCUUUUUUAUCUUAACACUGUAAGCCCCAAUAAAUACAGAUUCUCCAAACAGAUCUCCACAUAUUUCUUAAACUAUAAGUAGAGAGAAUUUGUUAAAAUAUCAAAGCAUUUUCCCUUUAGUGAUCAUCUUAUAAAUUCUCCUAACCAUUUCUCUUGACUACAGCUGCAUGUAUUGAUUUUGUUAGAAGAAAAUUGAUGUUGAUCACUCUUUGGACUUAAUAGACCCAAUGCAAAAAUGGCCACAGUAGUUCAUAUUCUUUUGUUAAUAUUCAAAUCAGCCUUGCUAGCCUUGUUCUUAAGUACAAUAUUCAAAAGAAUACCUUAUCUCAAGCCAGGCUUUAAUUCAAACAAAAGAGUAUUAACCCAGCAGCCAUUUUUGCAUUGGGUCCAUGGGUUAAUAUUUUUUACUGUAGAUGGAAAGCUGUCAUGUUGAAGGAACAGAGAACCUUUCUGAACUGCAUAACAGAUUUAAGAAGGAGAUAUUAAACAUGGAAUCCAUAGGAAGAGCUGAUGAUGACACUGAGAGUAUUAACAGUGAGAGAAGUCAUCCUUCUGAUCAAUAUAACAGUGAUGUAGAAUCUCUGGGUGAAAGUGAUAUUACUAGGAGUGGAAACCCAGUAAAGUCGAGGCUGCGACUCUUUCCAAGUGAUGAUGAAGAAAACAGUGAUGAAGACAGUAGUGAUGACGACAGCCGUGCUUUGAGUGACAGCAGUUCUGAAAGUGAUAAUGGCGAAGGUGGAGACCUAAGUGGUGAUAAUGAUGAUGAUGAUGAUGAGGAGGAUCAUCAUGUCAACAAAGGUCCAAGUGUAGCAGAGAUAAGGAGGAGAAAAAUUGAAGAUCCCCGGCGACUUCAUCCUGAACUGUGGUUCAAUGAGGCUGGAGAGGUACUGUAAUAUUAUGUGAAAUUUGUUGUGGCCCAUUUAAGGCUAUGAUUCAUAUUAAUAUUCAUUUCAGUGCUGAAUGAAUUAUUAUUAAUUCCAAUUUUAUUAUUACUUUAAUUCAAUUCACUGGACUGCUCUUAGUAUUUUAGAGGAGACCUGUCUGAUCUGUCACAGUGAUGGGUUUUUGACAUGUUUAUCGCGUUGAUCGAGAACUCCACACACUGAAAAGUUUGGAGCUUAAAACUAUGGCUUAAGUUCAGAAUUUUCAGAAUUUUUUACCUGAUAGAAUCCUUGUUGAUGUGCUUUUUUGUGUUUGCAUUUUUAAAAGCCUCUUUUAAUGCCCUGACAUCUUCAUUAAUAAUAUUUUAAAACCUUGAUGCCAUCUAUGUGCUGAGACAUACGGAAUGCUGCCAUAGCAAUUUUGUAAUUUCACAUGUAAAAUUAUAAAUUUAUGUUGGAAGUUUGUUCCAGAAUCAAGGAGUAAUUUGUUUCCAGUGAUAUAAUUAUAAUUUAAAAUUUUUCUAAUGAUCUCUUUAUAAUUUUAUUUUUGGAUUGUUUGACUAUUCCUUUUGUUAACCAAAUAACAUAUUUAAUUUUAUAGACAAAUGAUGGCCCAGUCUGCCGAUGUAGUUCAUCUGACAAACGUCAAGGAAUUCGCCAUGGGGUUUACCCUGGUGAAACUGUAAGUAUGCAUGUAAUGGGCAACCUCCACCCAAAGCUUAUAGCAAAAUAACGCAUUGGCUUAAUUGAUUUAUUUUUUCAUCUUCUUGACAUUAGGUUAUCACACCAUGCAACCCUAUGACCAACAAUGCUGACAAACUACAUCACUACUGGGUGACUGUCACACCACACACUAACUUUAUGGUGAGUUUCAAGAUAUUCAGGCCUUUGGCCAAAAAUAAAUGACUUGCUAUCAAUUAAUGUGAGUGAACAUUUCAAUGCCAGUGUAAAAAAAUACUAUGAUGAAGUUUACAUUUCAAUUCUUUACACUGAUAGUAUGAGUUAAGCAUUUACUAUAAUAACUGCAGUGUACUUGUUAGUUAGAUGUAUUUCAAUGAUCUCUUGAUAGCACUGUUAAUAAUUAAAACUGAAAAUUGCAAACAAAGGCUUGAUUCAAAAGUUGAAGAUGAGCACUCCACUUCCUAUGGUUCAGUUUCAUCCUUGGUUUCAGUUUUAUUUUUGUACAGUGUUUUAUGUCGGACAUAACCGUUGACAAGCAAACUUUUAAGGAAAGUACUUAAAAUUCAACCAACUGUACAAACCAUUGACAAGUGAGAACUGAACCAGUUUCUUUUUUAUUUGCCCUUUAUUUUCAGUUUCAUUUCCUUCUCAGUUUUAUACAGACGAAAAGCUUUUCUUGCAAAUUCUGCGUUAUAAUCGAAAAGAGAGGAAUGAUUUUUGCAAUGGCCAAUCCGGUCCAUGGGUGUACAUAGAAAUAUUUUACACUUAGUGGCUCAGUAAUGUAUUUAUGUGGAAAUAUUUACAAACAACUUCUUCAUCCAGUAUUGAUCUAUCCUUAAUUCGUACGAUAUUAAUGACUAGAUUAUUUAAUUCUGUUGUCGUUGUAGACUUCAAAUCCAAGUAUAAUCUGUUCUGAGGGAAAAAAUUACACCUUUGAGGGCUUUUCCAUGUUUUCUCAUCACCCGCUUGAGCAGGUGAGGAUUUAAAAACUAAACAAAUGUAACAGGUAUAAUAUGUUUUUCAAAACUCUUGUGCCUGCUUAAAUAUAUAAAAUAUACUCCAUGCCUUGAUAACACUGGUAAAUUUGCCGGUUUUUCAAACAUUUUCGACAAACAUUUUCCUUGUAAACAUUUACUGUACAUAUAAUCCUGUUACACUGUUUUUUAAGUUUGUGAUUUAUUUCUGAUUUUUUUUUUCAUUUGCUCUAAGCUUCUGUUGAUUGCCCAAAAUAUAGAGCUACUUAUGUCUAACUGUAGCUGCUAUAAGAAAUUAAAUAAUUAUCAAGUACUGGAUGUGGUUGAGCAAAAUAUUGUGAUUUGUCAGUGGCGUGCAGAUCAAGCCAAAAGCUGAGGCAAAUGAUUGAAUUCUGAGACAGUUAUUUGUAGGUUACAUAGUGGGCUCUUGGCCACUUAAAAAGGAAAAAAAAUUGCAUUGAAUGAUAAAGACAUUUAUUUCAACAUAUUGCCAAAUGGUGUUAGCUGCAUUUUUUUCUACUUUAUUUUCUGCAGGUACCCCUUUGUUCUGUGAUACGAUUCAACAUUGAAUACACUCUACAUGUUAUUAGUCAGCCAGUCCCAGAGGUGAGGGUCUAUAGUUUUUGAGGAGAAAAUUCUGAGAACUCUCCUUGCUAUUUUAAGUUUGCACACACUAAGGUCAAUAUGACGACAUGAUUUUCACCAGUACAGCAAGCACAAGUGCAAGCCUAAGUGUUCUUUUUUAUUGUUGAAAAUGACUACAAUCGGCACAAAUCAGAAGGAUCAGAAUUUUUUUUUUCUUGUUCUAACUGCUCAUGUGCAUGUUCUUGUGCUAGUGAAAUCACACUAAAAUGCUUUGAUUCCCUGGUGAAUAAAAUGUUGAUUAUAAAACAUACAUGUGUGCCUCUAGCUGUUGAGUCUGUGGACAGAAUCUGUGAUCAUUCAUUUGAAGGCCAAAAUGACAAUGGAGUCUGAUGUACUUUUUUGUGAUGCUUUCAAUAGUGCUGUACGAGGUGGUUCUAACUAUUAAUUCCAUGCGUGAAAUCCUUUGCUUGUUACCUUUCUACAAUGCAAUAUAGACCUCUUCAGCAUUACUUUUACUUGUUGCUUCCAUUUCCAACCAUUUUAGGAAAAAAAGGAAUAAUAUUAGUCACUAAUUGGUCGCUAGUUUGUCUCUUAAGUUUGCUUGUGAGUUUUUAAUAUUUAUUACAAAAUUAAUGUCAUCUCUUUCAGAACUUCUGCAUGAAAGAUCUUGAGCUGUUUUCAGAAUUUCUGUUUUACAAAGUGCUUGAACUGGCUGACUGGAACUUCACAGGUAUGUUUAAACAUGUUACUAGACCUAAUAGAAUUGGUUCAGAACUAACAACAGGAUAUUAGCUGCAGGCAUAAAAGUCGCAGGUCAAAUAGCAUUGUUGUAUUUUCUGUUGUGCUUUGUUUCAACCAAAAUGUUUCUAUUAUAACAAUAAUAGCAGCUGAAGUUACCUUUAGUAGUAGCGAUUGAGUGAAACCAAAAAAACGUGUACCUUUAAAUUGGAAAAAAAAAAACCGAAACCUUUGGAAACCUUAUUUUCGAUCAGGUUUUGCCAGUAUUACACCCGCAUACCUUUUCCCGUUGCUCAGAUUUUCCCUUUGCUGGUUGGGAACCAGAAAAAGGACUCUCCAACUCCUGAAGUAUUUAUGCAUGUAUUACUUGUUCAAUUUAACUCGCAAGACAAUUCUUCUGCAGGGAAUGUACAGGAUUCAUGUAGACGUUACCACUUUAUGCCAAGAUUUGUUCAUAGAACUGAUGGUUAGAGCAUGUUAUCACUUUUAUCGUUUUUGUCAUUUUAAUAUCAUUCGUUUCUAAAAUGUCUAGAAAGCAGUAGUGUUAUAAAAAGCAUGAGUUUAAUUUUUGUGAACAGUUUGUCAAACAGGUAGAGCCUUUAGCUUUGUUUUACAACUGUCUCCCACUUUGUUUUUCGACAGGAGACAAAUAUGUUAGGUACAAGGCGGAUUCGUUAGUUGUGGAAACACAGUGUAUCAAAUAAUUAUAAUGAAGCAAAAAUUAGACAUAAUAAAGUUGCAUCCCUCUUGAAAAUAAUCGGAUUUUUUCAGUCGUUCCAAAACUCUUUAUCACAAUGAAGUUGCUUGGGCAAAUUCUUCAGACAAGUCCUCAUUUACCUGCUUCAAACCACAGAUCUUUUAAAGUAGAUAUUAAGGGUUGCCUAAAGCAUUGCCAACUUUUUAAUUCUUUGCAUUCAUAAUUUUCAUGACACUGUUUUUUUCCUUUGUUCAGACACAGAUGAUUCCAAGGCCUGCCACGAGCUUCUCUCAAUGAGCCAAGUGUUGUCUCAUGUUCUGAGUUCAGCUGAACCUCUCAUAAAGGUAAUUAUGUUCAAAAGUGAAUGCCAGAAAGGCUUAUGUUUGUCUUCCUAUCUUAGCGAGGAUUCUUCUGUAAGAAGUUGAAUUCUUCAUGGAGUUUAUCUAACUAAAUAGGAUUCACUUUCACCGCUUUUUUGCUCUUUUUGUGUCUGGCAGCCAAGUCAUUUCGAGCUCAGCGCUGAGAAAUGGGAAGAGUACAACAAAUCCUGCAAAAAUACAAUUGUCCUGAACCCAGACAAGGUGAGGUGCAAGUUUCUUAAUCGUUCAGGAGGCAAACAUUUUAUUGUCAUUCCUCUACGGAUAAAACAGUCUCUUUCACUGUGCCUCUGUCUUUAAUAAAAGUUCCUGCCACUUGUUUAUUUCUGAUAUAAUUUCCUCUUAUUCUGACAACAGAAGCCAGCUGCUAUAAGAGUUGAUAACUUACAGUUUUGCAAGACAACCAAAGGCUUGUCGAAAGGCAAGGUGAGAUGGUUUUGGUUGUGUGUGAGUGUAAUGGAAUUGGUUAUUCAGAGAAAGACUCUUCUCUCAAGACUGUGUCGUUACCAUUAAGUUGUAAAUUCUCUGUUGUUACCAAAUGUACAUUCGUCUUGAUUGUAAAAAUAAUAUUGCUGCUUAUGAUGCUGAUCACAACUCAAAACUGAAGAAGCUUAUAGACCUUGCUAUUCCUAAAUGUUUUUCAAUUGCUGACGUUCUUCCGAAAGACAUGUGGAACUUCUUGACGUAGAUCACUUGAAAUGUGGACUAAAAAGCCAGGACAGUUUUAGAUGUUACGGUUGCCCAUUAAGUUCGGUAAUGUCAUAUUUCAUUUCACUUUAUCAGAUGUACCCGUAUAUUGUCCAUCACAGUAUUAGGCCAGUGCAGAUGAGUUUUGCAGGAGAUCCCAAGUAAGUUCUUUUUCAUUUGUUUUUCCUAUCGACAAUGGCGACAUUUUCAUUUGCCUCCGUGUUGUCGUAUCUUAAGGUCCCCGACGACUCCAGAUCUUAACAGGAGUGCCUUGUUAACCAUCUUUUAACCAACUUAAUUGCUUCACUAUAGUUCCUUUCAUUGCUUUUUUAAGCUUUUGACAUUGGACCGUUUACCGAGAAUCCGUCAACUCCACUGCAGAGCACUUCUUAAAAUCAGUAAAGUUGCCAAGUUUUAGAGUGAUUUGUUGAAGACUAGGCCGUCAAGCCGCCAAUUUGUCCCGACGUUUGUAUGGUGAGAGCAGGUUUGCGCCUCCAUACAAACGGGCAUUAGCGUCUGUAGAAUUUCACGAGUUUGCAAAGCUAUAUCUUCGCUUGCAGCACUUUCAAACUUAGCAAGUGUACUUAUGUUAAGGCGCUUUUUCCAGCGAUGUUGGUCUAUAUUCCCAAUUGUCCAUGUCAAAAGAUGAAAAAAGUGUUAAAGGGUCUAUUUAGUACCCGCUAUACUGCUUUCAACUCGCACCACAAACCUUGAAAGGGUCUAUUUAGUACCAGCUAUACUGCUUUCAACUCGCACCACAAACCUUGAAAGGGUCUAUUUAGUACCAGCUAUACUGCUUUCAACUCGCACCACAAACCUUGAAAGGGUCUAUUUAGUACCCGCUAUACUACUUGCAUCUCAGAACAAAAACCGUGAAAGGUUCCACUUAGGACCCGUCAUACUACUUAAAUCAUGGACCAGUUCUUUUGUUAGCAUUUCGUUAUUAUUAGCUAGUUUUUAGAAGUCUUUCGUACAACUAGCCAGCAAAAGUGCAAUAAGCAAUAUAUAGAGAAGAAAAGGAACAUCUUUACGAGAGGAAUCGUACCUGCCAAAAAAAAAAAGAAAAGAUUUCAAGUAGGCAGGAGAGUCCAAAUGAAAGAAAUAUGGAUAGUCUAUGUACAAGAUACAUGCGAGCUACAAUGGAAAUAAUAGUGCUUUACAUCAAAGCACAUUCCACUGAUCGAAUUCUUAUAUAGACCAUUUGCACGAUGGCUUCAUUUUACUAAUACUAGUUGUGCAAAUUAGGCCUUUUGUUGUUUUUAACCUGGCUGGGAUUUCCAAAUUUAUAUAUGAAGGGAAAAACCAAAUGAAUUCUGUUAGUAGUAGUGAAAUGACGCCAUCGUGCAAAUGGCCUGGAUCUCUUAUGCAAACGUCAGCUCGCCAAUCGCUAUCUACGAGGCAGUAUCCCUACCACAGUGCUAUAGUUACCAUGACAAUGUAUUGUAAGAAACUAGUUUUUCUUUUAAUCACUCACAUUUUGGUAAUUUUUUUUUUUCAGGUAUCAAAAGUUACUUAGGACUCACAACAAGUUAAGAAGCCUCAUCUCCAACACGUAAGCAAAUUUCCUUGAUUGUUACAUGAACUGGCAGUUACAUGCGAAAAUAAUAUUGUGUGAUUUCUUAAACUUUAUGUUAUUUCUUUUCAGGCCAAUACCGACUCGUAAGAAUCAAGAUAAGCUUGUUAAAUUAAAGGUAAUUGUAAAAUGUUAUUAACUUAUAUCAUUUAAUUCCGUUAACUUCCGAAAAAGAUAUUGAUAAUACUUCAUCCCCAGGAUCAAAAGUUAAAACUGCAUACUAAAUAAACAGUACCGUAAGAAAGUACUGCUGAAGAGGUUUCAUUUUAAUGGUCACACCACAGGGUUUCAUACACAAACUCAAAAGUUAGCUCUUCGUACUAAACAAUCAAUAGUAUAUGAAGGAACUGCUCAGUAUCUUUCAUUUGAAUGGCCACCGGUACGUAAGGAUUUUAUCCACAACCUUAAAAGGAGCCUGAGAAAACACCCGAUAUUCCACGACGCCACCACUGGUCUCCCCGCGAGGGAACGCAAAGUGACCUCUGAGGAACGAGCGCAGAAAUUCUAUACUGAUGACGUGUCACUACUCAGAUUUAGGUAGUGCUUCUGAUUGGUCAUGCCGCGAGGGAAAUUUGCUUCAGCCAAUCAGAAGCGUUACAGAGAUCUGAGUAGUGACACGUCAUCAGUAUGGAAUUUUUGCGCUUGUUCCUCAGACGUCAUUUUGGCGGGAAAACCAACUGUGGCGUCUCAAAAUGUCGGCUGUUCUUACAAUAACCUACACGUUCACACAAUAAUUUACUCUAGCCUGAGGGUCUUAACUGCGAACUGAUCACCGCCAUUUGUGCUUAACUUUCAGAUUGAGCUAGAGAACAUGCGCCUAACAAGGUAAAGAUAAGCUCAGUGAUAACGAAUUAUUUUUUGGCGAGAGUCAGACGAUAUUUUUGUCAGUCGUUUUUCAUUUCUUUCGGCCUCUAAGUUAAACUGUUUUCCUUUAGGAAGUCUUUAAGAGUCUGCUUUUGUUUCAGCGCAAUGCGCCGUGAUGUAGUUGUAGAGGUGAGCAGCAGAGGCAUGGUCAAAACAGGAUUAAAAUCUGAUAUCUGUCAGGUGAGUUGAUUGCUCUGAUAUAUAUUAAUUUUCAGGUGACGCCUCAAGGGAACAACUGAAAGUACAUCUCACUGGGUGAUUCUGUGUAUUUUGGGUUACCCCGAUUUUCUCUUUUUAUUUCAAUAUUCCCAUCCAAGCUCUCCUUCGUGCCUCUCACAACCAACGUUAACUACAUUUGUAGGGAAUGGUGGCUUUAAAAGCUGUAAUAACGUGUGACCGGAACAUAUUUUCGUUAGACCUAUUGAUAUGAGAAACGCGUUGUUCUUGACGCACGCGGGCGAGUCCAACAGUAGUGAUCACAGGACUGAUAAUCAGUAACAAUCAUCUCAUAUCCAACAAGCGCGAGUGGAAUAAUUGUUUUAUUAAAAACGCCCACAAAAUAUCGAGAUUUUUUCCGACUUUAUUUGUAAAAACAAUCGAUUUUCAGCUUGUUUUUAAUUUUAAGCAGACGCGUACAAUUACCAUAUUUGGAGAGCAUGGUAUAAUGGCUCAUAUACUAAGAUGGCUAAGCCAAUCAGAGCACUAGAAUUGCAUUAUCCAAUGAUUCAGUUUUUGGUAAUUCCCAUUGUUCUCUCAAUCUUCUAGCACGCUCUCCUGCUUCCUGUGCUAGUUCAUCAUGUUCGCUACCACGUGAGUCUUCAUUCACUGGAUGAGAAAAUGGGUUACGUGUUCAAAGAUCGCGCCUUACUUCAGGUAAAAUACAAGUUCAGUGACCUACCUGGUUACCAGGGCCUCUUCUUCCUGUCACCUGGAGCGAGAGACUGGGGCGGGCGGACGCGAAAAAGAGGGGCCCUGGGAACAAGGUUGGCAGAUGAGCUCUGACUGGUGCAUUUUCUUCUGUACGUAUUCUUUAAUUAACUAAAAGAAAAACGACAAAGGCUUACGAGCAACAUACCUUGCUGUUUCUUAAAUGGAAUUAGGCUAAAGGACAGAAACCAAGAAAACAAUAAAUACGAGUUUGCAACAGAGUUGACGUAAUGUGUUGAGCAUUCGUAAAUAGAUAAAGAACAUGGCAAAAAGUCGUCUUUUUCGGAUAGAAUAAAUCAAUUGUACGAAAAAGAUUCAGCGUCCACCGGACAGUAGGUAGAUUUCUUUAGCAAACAAUUCUAUACAGAUAUUUCAUCCUGUUUGAUUUACUUUUUGUUGGAAUGAAAAGCACCCCAGGAACAAAAAACACCAAACCCAUGUUCUUUUCCUUGAAGUUAUCUAAUGAAAUGAGCUGUAUUUUGGUUCUUGUUUAACAGCUCGCGUUGACGCAUCCUUCGUAUCACCUUAAUUUUGGUAUGAAUCCAGACCACGCGCGAAACUCUCUUUCAAACUGUGGUGUAAAGCAACCUCGAUAUGGAGACAGGAAAAUACGACGUCUACACACGCGCAAAAAAGGUAUGGCAUGAGAAUUUACCAUGACCAAUGCAGCCUCAAUACUUUAGCACUCCCCAAAUUACACAGUGCGCGCGCGUGAAGCAGCGUCGUUUUGGCGGGAAAACGCGAUAGCCGUCAUCAUUACACUACGGGUUUUAGCGCGGAUGUCGUCAUAUUUAAUGACGAAAACAAGAUAUCAAAUGUUAGAAGAUAAUCAUUUUGCGAUCGGGAGAGGGUUAAAACAUCCUUCAAUAAGAAUAACCCUAUUAUCUUUUCUGGUUAAUAAAAUAACUAUAAUGAAGCUUUCUGGCAUGUCUAUUUUUUGAACAUACGCGAAGUCUCGUUUUCCAAUCUAAAGAUCUCUAAUGGAUUGUCUUUGAAUGCUCGAGGAAGUUAAAACGAAUUCUGCUUUUUUUGUGUGUGUGCUUAGGCAUCACGCAGCUUAUCCGAGUAAUGUCCAAUCUGGGAAAAAUGGAGGAACAUCAGUCAAUGUAAGUUUAUCCUAACUGUUUUCCCCAGGCCAUAAAUAAGUCUAUUUAACAACUGCUUAGCGAUAGGUUUUAAAAACGACGUUUACCGUGUGGAUGGAAUAACCCAUAUGCAUGAUGACGUCAAACUUGCUUAUUCACCACCAAACCUCGUUGCGAAAAAAUUCUUUGCAUUUUCACCGUUUGUGCGUGAAUAUUCUUUUCAAUUUAAAUACACUGGGAAUUCAUUGUUGUCAAAUUUCAAAACGUUUGAAUUCCAAACUUAGAGGUAAAAUUUGUACGUCUGAAUUAAACGCGCACAAGGCUACAGCCUUUUUUUACCAGGAAAGAAAAUGAAAACGAUAGCCUCAGAGGCAAGUGGCUGUGGCUUGUGGGUGACUUUUCAAAGCGGGUUAAUGCUAUUUUCCUAAGCAGUAUAGUAUAGUAACUUUACUCUGAAGAAAGAAGCGAUUCACCCAAAGAUUUACCCAGUUUCAAAAGCAAAAAAGAAAGAACUCAAUGAAUGAUAUGUGCUUAAGUCGGUUCAUUUAUCGUUACAGUCCUCUUACCGUAUUACAAUCUUGUGGUCGUCACUAACUAUACCUAACUAACCUUGCUAACCUCUAGUUUUGUGGAUGAUUCUGGCACUCUCGCUAAUUCCAAACGUCGUACAGCUAAAAGGAAACUAACCAGAGGCGAGUCACGAAAUAUGCUAGACAGGUAGUGUAGUCAGAAAGACAGUGAUUUAUAGAUAGAUAGACAGACAGAUUGACAGUCAGACAGAAAAGCAUAGAGACAGACAGAAAGAUUGGCCUUAGCAAGUGAUGACAUCAUAUCGUCUGUCCUUCUGUUCAGAAUGACAGCAGAAAGGUGGAAUAACCAGCGUUAAGAAAACAUGCCAAACUUUAAGUUUAAAUGUGUUAAGAUAUUUUGUUGGUGUUGCCGAUGGUGUAACUGCCAAAGGACCUCAUACACAAGAUUGAAAAGACAAGGAGCAAUAUUCACAUUACCACAUAAUACCUUACCUACAACAGUUUCCGCGACACCAAUGACAUGACAUGACACCACAAAUAUACAGAAGACAUAGUUGAUUUGGAUUCAGAGGGCAAACUCAGUGUUGUUUUGUAGAAAACAGUCUUAAUUUUGACACAGGUACUUAAGACAGUAAACAUAUGACAAGUUUGAAUGUUUUUCCUUAAAAAGCACUUUUUUUGUGGUUCUACUUAGGAUUCGACAUAAUGAAAGGCUUGAAUUCCUGGGAGAUGCCGUUUUGGAGUUGAUAUGCAGGUGAGUAACGGGACCAAUGAGUCAUUCAUUUUCAAUAAGCCAUUUCAUCGUAUUCAUUCUUUUUUUUCUCUCGGCGUUGUCUGUUUAUGUGACAUGUUGUGCAAAAUACUCGUACCAUACUGAUCGUCCAGCCACUGCUUGCGUUUCAGAUCCUUGUAGUUAAACUUUUAAACAGACGUCAUUGAUUUAUCCAAUUUUAUUUUCCCUUUGUUGGCAUCUUGUUCCUGUUGUAGUAUUCACUUGUAUUUCAUGCUGCCGUCCAAACCCGAAGGUUAUCUGGCCAUGUACCGUUCUUCUUUGGUGCAGAACAAACAUCUUGCUCAACUAGCUAAGGUAAUUACGCAAGGUAUAAAUUGCUCCACCUUUGUAAAUUUUUUUGUAAACGCAAUAAUUUGAGGUGUUUUAAAUUCUCCAGAAAUUAGGAUUAUCAGAUUACAUGCAGUACUCCCACGGGUAAGUACCCUCUUUGAGGAUUGCUGUAAAUCUUGGUUUCCCUGUGUUUCCUUGGAGUAUCCUCAGUGAAUAGAAGGAAAUGUUAUUCUUACAGACCUGACCUGUGUUUGGAAGAAGAUCUCAGCCAUGCCAUGGCUAACUGUUUUGAGGCUCUACUUGGUAAGUUUAUAAGAGGCAUUACACUUGGAAGUUGGAAGUUUAGUUAGAUUUUAUGUAUGUGAAUUCAACUUGGGCUAAAACUCGGAACCAAUCCUAACCCGUUAAAACAAUGAAAGUAAAGGCUUUUUGGGCUUAGCGUCGAUAAAAUUACAGCUCUUUAAAGUCUGGUUGCUUCUCAAGUGAUUGAUAUUCUGUUUUCAAACAAAUUCAAACAGAUAAUCAAAUGAGUUCAGCAUCUGGUCUUUAUUAUUGGUAAAACAAUAGGAAAAAAGAUAAAACGAAACAUAGCUCUCGGGGUUUACAGCCUUAAAUUGAACGACGUCGAUUAAUUUUAAAAGGCUUCGUUUAAUCUUUUUGCAAAAGAAAGAGAAUCAAAUCUACAAGCAGAAAAACUCUUAUGAAAUUUCUUUCUCUGAAUUUCUAUUUCUUAGGUGCCAUGUACUUGGAAAGUGGCCUAAAAUCCGCCACGCAAUUUUUCACUAAACUGGCAUUCGAUGAAGAGGUUUGUUUGCAUGAUAACUUGCUGAUCUUUUUUUGCUUGUUCUCCCUUUGGUUUCUGCAUAUCACUCUUGACGACGUUUCCGAGCUCUAAACAUUGGUUGUAUGUUAGUAGUACAGAAGGGACCGGAAUAAGUCUCUUUAUGGAUUCUCAUUAAUAAGUGCGCGUUUAUGAAGGCGCAAACGAAUUGUGGGUAACCUACCGACAAUACGACAGUGACAGGCGUAGUGAGAAUUUUUCUCUGCUACCACCGUCGCUACCACAGUUCUAUUGUUCCACCACCGAAACUAAUAGACAGUAAAAGCGGCAAGAAAUAAAAGGUCAAUAAUUAUGCUGUUUUCGUGGGAAUUUUGUUCCCGAAACAGAAUGACGCCAUCAAAGUUAACGCUUUUCCUAACAUGCUUAUAACAACAUACAGCGUACUCAUGUCUUUCCGCACUUGCAAAUUUCCCCCUUCGAUUUCCGUCAUUAUAUUUUAUGAAACUCGCUUAGAAAAGAUCCUAAAUGACUUUCCAAUUGGAUAAAAGCUAACUUGGCUUGAAAUUUCUGUUUUAGGAACUAAGAGAAGUUUGGACCAAUCUGCCCAAACAUCCUUUGCAGGUAAGUAUUAGUAAUUAAGAUUUUCUUAUAUUUAAACAUCCUCGAUAUUUUUACGAUCCUAAGAGAAGUUUCAGCCGAGACGUACCUCUUUGAUUGCGGGAAAACCGAACCCGAGAUACAAAAGAUGGCCUUCUUAGAAAUAUUUUAAAUAGUUACUGCCUCCUUUAACGCAUUUUGGCACAUUUGCACAAGAAUGAAGUAUUGGAAAAUCAGAACAGAAAGGGAGGAGAAUGGUGAAAAUAAGUUUACCUUUGUGCCAGAUUGGUAUAAGGUAACGAGGGCUUCACUCGUUCAGGCCUUGUGAUAAUGGCGAGAAGAGGGAACAUCUAGAUCUUGUAAUAAUGGCCAAGGGGCAAAGGGGGGGGAGGGGGGGGGGCUCAUCUAGGCCCUGUGAUAAUGACUGGAGGAGUCGUCCAGACCUUGUGAUGAUGGCCAAGGGACUCAUCUAGGCCUUGUGAUAAUACCGGGGCGGGGUCAUCCAGACCUUCUGAUCAUGGCCUUUUCAUAAUAGGAGGACCGGGCUCUUCUCCUAGAUUUGACACUGUAUCUGAAGAUUCUGCCUUGCGUGUCCGCCUGAGAGAAAAUAACAGCUAUUGUUUGAAGAUGAAUCCAGUGUGUACCUUGUAUUUUUUUUUGUAGGCCCAGAUGCCAGAUGGUGACAGGCACCUAAUAGCAUCAUCCCAACUUCUUCAGGUUUUUCUUCUCAGUUUCUUUACGUUUACGUUUCCUUUUUCUUUCGUUAAAAAAACUGACGAUUUAGAGCUGACUCACAGGAUUUUUUUUUUACUUUCUGCACAUCAGAAAUUACAGGAGUUCGAAGAAGCCAGCGGAAUCGAAUUCACCCACAUUCGCUUGUUAGCGCGUGCCUUUACUCACGCACAAGUUGGCUUUAAUAACCUCACGCUGUAAGUACAACUGAUUACAAUUUCCUUUAGUAGCUGAUGUCAUUGCGCAAGGUCCCCUGUGAGUGGUACCUUUCUCCAUCAUAGUCCUGAUCUUCUUCUCCUUCUUCUAAUGAAGAGGAAAUCUGUAAAUUUACACAUAACAUGAUCAUGAGUUGCGAGCUGGCAAAUGCCUUAAGUUACUUCAAGUUCCCUGAGGUACCAGGAAUACGCUAUUUCCAAACAAAAUUGAGUUGUUACUCAGCAGUGCGUGAAAAACAGAAGGCUGGAAUUCCACCUUCUCCUUUAGAGCAGCAUUUCGCACAUUUUGUUCGCCCAGUUAGUCACAUGUUUGUCUUAGUUUGAGAUUUGGUUUGAAAACGACUUGCCCGGACACUUACUAAUACUUACUCCGGGGGAAAGUCAACGUGUCCAGGACGACUGUUUAUCAGAGAGCUAGUAUCUGUUUGUCUGGAAGGAGCGUUGCUUGUCGAAUCAGACAGAUACUGCUGCGUAGAAAACUUCCAUCUUUUUUGUGGCUGAGUUUUGAGACCUUUUUCGUUACGUGAGACACAAAGCAUUUUUCGUCCAUGGUUAGGUUAACUCUUUAAAAGGAGUGGUUAUCAGACAUAUUGAAAUUAUGUUCUCUUUAUAUUUUUGUUAGCGGAAGUAACCAACGAAUGGAAUUUUUGGGAGACUCCGUUCUGCAAUUCGUUGUGUCGGUAUAUCUCUUCAGGCAUUUUCCAGACCACCACGAGGGGCAUCUAACGGUAUAGAGUGCUGUUGUUACAAUUUCUUACAAGUUGAAACAAAAGAAUUCAAAUUUUGUUUCGUAAAAUCCUUAGAAAUAUAUAAAUGAUAAAUAUUUUGUACCUCGCGUAAUCACGUGAGUGAUCACGCAGUGAAAUCACUUCCCCACUCCCCUUUCCAAUCGAACGCAUUUCGAAUUUUAAAUUACCAGGAGUAAAAUAAAUACAUCUUAGCUUUCAACUAGCAUUACAAAACUGGCAACACUGUACUUUUUAUUCUACACAAGAUUGCGUGAGCCUUGAUGUAUAAUUAUUCUAUUAAGUCCAAUUGGUCGUUAAGACGUACAGGAAAGUACCUGAUAUGUUAUACACAAGUUAUACAAUCUAUAUCAAUUUAGAAGUGAUUAUCGAUAGUUAUCGAUUUAUCGAUUGGUUUUCCGAUAUCGGUUUUUAUUGAUUGGAUACUUUCUACUCUUUUUUGACAGCUUCUGCGCAGUUCUCUUGUAAAUCAUCGAAUCCAAGCGAAGCUCGCUCGAGAACUUGGACUAGAUAAACUGAUCAAUUUUGGAUCCAAGGUAUGUAUCACGUGCAAGGCACGUGACCCUUGUGUCUUACUCGAUUUGUUGACCACACAUUGUUCUUCAGGGGAGUCUUCCGUAUUAUAAGGGGUACGAACAGUCCUCGUAAAGUUUGCAAAGAACUUUCUGUUGAACGGUAAGCACACCCAGAACAAAAAUGUUGCCUUUUGAUGGUGCUAAUAAUUCAAUUUGAAUUUCCCAAUGCGUCGACGCAAGAUUGGUUCGUAGGUUAUUAAUGUAUGCCAGAUUUUGUUUGUAAACUCCUGUUCUCAUGUUUGCGGUACAUUUGCAGGUAGGAAUGAAGGCUUUCCGCGAGAAAAUUCUCGCUGACACACUGGAAGGUAAGUUAAGUGGUUUUUUUAAUUGCCUUUAAAGACGGUGUUGUGUUAUUUAAUUUUAUUUAAAAUUAAUCUUAAUCUUACUUUCUCUCCUAAAGCUUUUGUGGCUGCUUUGUACGUCGACAAAGGCCUUAGACAUGUGGAGGUAUUUUGUCGCGUUUGUCUCUUCCCUCGCCUUGAGGUAAAAACUACUUUUGAUAAUUUAACUCCUACAUUCCUUCCAACUGAACUAAGUCAUCCACUGGUCAUGUACACAGCCGAUUUUUGUAUGUGUGUCAUAACGCAACGCUCCUCCCCACAGGAAGGGCGUUGCGUGACGACACAAAGAGACUACUUACCCACGGGUCCUUCUACGUUUGCGUUGGUGUCUCUUUUGGUCACCUUGUUCUCCAACCUCGUUCCCAGGAUCCUCGACGCGAUUAGCAAAAAUGCGUUAAUUGCCACGGCAACUUAAAUGUAUAACAGGUGACCUACAAUAACUUAUGUUACUGGGCUUUAAGAGGGUGCUUGAGACUCCACGACAUUACUCUAAACCUAGUCCGUGGGUUCUUCUCGUUCUUCAAUAUGGCGGUGGAAGUUAUCUCUACAUACCGUAAAAUACAGGAAUAGCUCCGAGCCCUUUUGAAGUUAUCCGCUGACCAAUCCACGUCCGAUAAAUGCAUGCUUAAUCCUCCCUCGUCUUCUAACAUGGCCUUCAUUUACCUUCAUCCACCUUUGUUUACCUCCAUUUGCCUUCAUUCACCUUCACCCACAAUCAUCUACCUUCACCUUCAUCCACCUUCAUUAGCCUUCAUUUACCUUCAUUGAUCUUCAUUAGCCUUCCUUUGCCUUUAUCUACCUCCUUUAUUUACCUGCCUUCGUUAACCUUCAUUCAUUUUCAUCUACCUCCAUUAGCCUAUUUUACCUUCAUUCACCUCCACUAGCCUUCCCUCAUCUUUUUUCACCGUCACCUACCUCCUCUAGCCUUCAUUUACCUUCACGGACCUUCACCAGGCUCAAAAUUCACCGUCAUAUCUCUUUUAUUGUGCAUAAGCACUCAUCAACGUUCUUGUCCUAUCAUGUCACAUGAACCUAGUUUAGUGGCCUUUAGUUCCCCAAACUGAGUCUCCUUUAGCUUAGUGCUAGAGAAUAUGUAGAGUAACCAGAAGGUCAUAGGUGGGGAGUACUCGGAUCGUUUUCUUCCGAGCUGCCUGUGUUACUAAAUGAAAAGUCAUCCUUCUCAAGUGUUCACCAGGCUUCAAAUUCACCAUCACAUCUCUAUCAUUAAAUGUGUUUUAACUUCGUGUUUUUACCCAUAGGAGUUCAUUAUUAACCAGGACUGGAUGGACGCGAAGUCGCAAUUACAGCAGUGUUGUCUAACUUCCCGCGAGCAGGGAAAAGCACCAGAUCUUCCACAAUACAAGUGAGUCCAAGACAAAACUGCUCCAGUGAUUCGUCUCCCUUCUAGGGCCGAACUCCUGGGACAGGUUGACACUUGGUGUCAAUUGGUAUCUCCUGAAGAUUGUUGGACACACGUUUUUCAUGUUGUUAAUGUAAUGCAAUUAUGAUAUCUCUGUAGGGUUCUACAAAAUAAAGGUCCUGCCCACCACAAGUACUAUGCAGGUAAAGUAUUGCUCAAAAUGGUAGGGCUAUCAGAGCUUUUUCUCGCGCUUAUAUUAGUGAAAAACGCGUGUCGCUAUAAAGACUAGACUGAAAGCGGAGAUAGCGCAUGAAAAGUCACUGAAACCCAGGGUAGGCUCAUUAAUAGCUGAAGCAGUGAAUAGGCUAUUUCCGAAUUCAAAAUGUUAUCGUUUCAAAAAUAAGACCAAAUGCGAAAUCAUUAAUGUGAAAAUGAGUUAUAUUUGCACGAGGGUUAAAACUAUGAUUUUAUUUUAUGUGUCAAAGACUUUGCCCGCCUCGGUUUCGUUUCGAGAAAGAGGAAAUGGCAAUUCUCUUCUUUAUUACGACAGAAAUCUAGAGACGCUAAAUAGCCUUUGUAACCUGCAUUAUGGCGGACUAAAUUGAAAACGUUCCUUGCUGUAAUUGGGCCUUCAUUUUUAGCUUUGCUCUUUCUCUAGUGUUUCCACCCUCAAAAGUCACAUUGUAACUAAAUGCUUUUAGUGUUUCUUAUUCUAUUCUCUCUCUCUCUAACAGUUGCUGUUUAUUACAAGGACACAAGACUGGGCUCUGGCGAAGGAAAUAGGUGAGCGUCAUGGCCGCGCAGAGCGGCGCUAGCCUGCGCCACUUACGGAACUGGGCCCCCACCGGUGUAGCAGGAUUUAAGUACUCGCCAUGAGUGGCCUGUUAAAAAAGCCAUAGUCGAUUUGCCAAUCAGAAUGAAAGGAAAUUCGAAACGUAUUUCCGGUAAUUCGUUGAGUCCGUUGGGGGCCCAGAACAAGGAUAUCGGUGCUGCAGGGUCUCGUUUCUCUAAAGUUCCGAUAACUAAAGGGCCCGUAAAGCUGAUGCUGUUUACAUGCAAUAUAGAGGUUUCAAUAGUUUUGCAUCUAACUAUCAGUUAAUGAAACAAAUGGAGUAGUUUUCUAGCCAGGACCCGCGCUCGUAUUCUUUCUAUUUCGAUUUGAAUAUUUGAUUUCGGACCCGAAAAAUUACCGGGACUUUCGAGAAACGGGCCCCUGCUCCGCAGACGUUACUAACCGAGAUUAAAAUUGCGUCUGCGAGGCAGGCUACGCAGGCGAUGUUCGCCAUGAAAAGGGGUUCUCCUCAAAGAAAUAGUCAGAGACUGAAGUUGUCGAUAAUUUUUACCUUCUUCAAACUCAAAUAUCCUUCAUUUUCUUCCUGCAGCAUCCAACAGGCAGAAAUGGCAGCAGCCAAAGACGCGCUGGCCUCUCGUAAGUGAUAAAAAACUUUUAGCAGAAAAGAAGUGUCCGUCGUUUACCUUAUGGAAUCCAGUACAGGAAAUCCGGAAUCCAAAGCGUGAAAUCCAGAAUCCAAGACUGUCUUGGAUUACCUUACUUGGAGAAACCCUAGCCUGCGUAGCAUGGCGGUUUUGUCGGGCGCACGACUGAGCGGCGAAGCCGCGAGAAAAAUAAAAACCGCCUGCCCGGAUUGGUGACCUUUUCAACUGCCACCCCCUUCAACUCAAUCUCAAUCGCGGUUUCUCUGUCCUCGCUCGCCUUUACUACUAUGCGCACCCAGCCAAGACCGUCAUGCUACGCGGGCUAGGGAAACCCCAGCCAGACUUGUGAUAAUUAGUUUUGUCUCUCAUACAAAGUAGAGGAGUCGUUAACAAUUGCUCUUUGAACAUCAUUUAUUUAGUGGGAGGACACACCAUACAAACAAUGCCUUGUAACCAAGUUUUUUCUAAUCAUCAAAUUGUAAACAAAAUGAAUCGAACUAAAUUUGUUUUUUAGGCUUUCAAUAUCGCACCAAUCCUGCAUGCGUUAUCUUAAAACAGCUAUGAACAACUCGGUCAGUUUUGUUCGCAAGUUAAUAAUAAUAAUAAUAACACUUAUAUAGCGCUUAUCCGCAUGCGUUCUAAGCGCUUCUAAGCGCUAAGUUAGCUUUUUGAAGACCUAAACUGAACAGCAACUCGAGUCUUUUGGUUAGACCAAAAGCAAUUUUCUAUAAAAUCUGUGUGACAAAGCAAAAAAGCGAGCUCGAUAUGCGAGCCGCGAGUUGGGUGAACGGCAGCACGAGAGAAAAGAGACUUGCUUACUUGUUUAUACCCCGGAGGAUUUUCUCCAUAAGUUACUAUACGGGGCCGGGAGGCUCCGCCUGAAAGCGGUGCCUUUUCCAGGCCUCAGGUGUAUGAAAGGUCAGGGAUUUCACGGAUUGAAGUAUGUGAAAGGGUGGGGAAAUCUGUCAUUUAGGUAUUUGAAAGAUACUUUUGUUAAAAUAUAUUGAAAAGGUUCACCUCAUGCCCGUAUCCUUUUAGUUUAAUUAUUUCUGCCGUAGUAUACUUCAUUAGGGAGCUUAAGCAUCAACGAUGGCGACCGCUACGAAAAGGUCACUUAAAAUGUAAAUUCUCGCUGCUUCAAACUUUACCGCGCUUAUUCCAUCUCGUUUAAUUCGUCAAAUGUCGGCAAAGUUUUUUGGAGUUAAAUUCUAAAGGACUGUUAUUUAAAGUUCAAAACAAGGAAAAGGAAGUUGUUGUCUUGUGUUCCUGUCCUCGACAAAACGUGAAAUAAGUCACUUUCACGUUGUAGUCGUGCAACGACGGCAAAGAAAUGUACAAAAAAAGCGUGAUGCACGUGCAAAGUUGUUGUUUUGCUAAUCUAAACCUAUUGCUUUUUUGCCGUUCUCUUUGCUGAAGGGGAACCAUUUGGAAAUGGAAAGUAUAGGGAAGGGUUACUUUUUUUUGUCAAAAAUGGCAUUUUUUAAAAAAAUUAGGGAUUGGACAUCGGGUCUGCGCCUCUCCGUACGAAACUUUCUUGAGCCCCCCCGCCCCCCUCCAUCGGGGAUUAUGUUGCGUCUGACUGAAGUUCUUUGUUUCUGUACAGACUAUUUCCCAGAACUAGCGCGACAAAAGCGUCUGUUAGACCGAAAACACCAGGACCGACGACGAAACUAUUGGAACAAAGUGCCGCGCCGAGAGAGGGAGAAGGACGAGCAAGACAAAGACACGGAAAUUCAACCUCGGUGGGAGGAGAUGGAAACUUUUGAGGUGCAAGAGCGAAGGAAUGUAGGAGAAAAGGAAAAUAUGAAUGUUGACCAGGAAAGAGAAAAUUGGGAAAUGGAAAAUGAGAGAACCGGUCAGGAAAGAGAAAACUGGGAAAUGGAAAAUGAGAGCACCGGGGUCCUUUCUCUUUUGACCCUUUACCUUUUACUCUCGUGGCCGGUCCUUUCUCUUUUGACCCUUUACCUUGAUGUGAACCUUCAGGAAAGAGAAACCUGGGAGAAGAACGACGGGAAUGCCUGUGGAACAACAGAGAAUCGGGAAACGGAAUGUAGCGAUCACACGUUGAGAUGGGAUUUGUGCCAUGGACGAGCGAACGUAGAGGAAGAACCAAAGGGCACAACGGAAGAGUGGGAAAGGGAAGGUGGAAAUAUUUUGGAAAGAUGGGACGGAAGUGGAGGCCAAAAUGUGGUGAGAGAGAAUUUGAGAGAUGUAAACGUUGAUUCAAAAGUGAAUUUGGAUGAGGAAGGUAGAAAUAAGAUGGAUAGCGAAAAGGGCGAGAAUGAUUGGACAGAGAACUGGGAGGUCGAAAAUACCGUUUCAGAAGAAAACUGGGAAGAAACGGACGGCGGCGAAAGAAAGAAUUGGGAAGAAGCUGGGAUCGAAAGUUCGAAGGAACGGUGCGUUAAAGAUGGAACUAUUGAACAUAACAUGAUAAACAGUAUGAAGGAGAAGGCUAAAAAUGAGCACGGCGAGACAAAGGAACUCUGGGUAGUUGAUUAA